CCCCCCCGUGGUUUUUUUGUUUUUUUACUCCCCCCCCCCCGCCCCGGUCCCCCCCCCCUUUUUUUUUUUUUUUUUUUUUUUUCUUUUUGUAUCACCCCCCUUCCCCUUUUUGCAAAAUUGCUGCUGGUGGGGUGAGCCAGGAGGAAAAUGCCGCAGCUGAACGGCGGUGGAGGGGACGACCUGGGCGCCAACGAUGAACUGAUCUCUUUCAAAGACGAAGGGGAGCAGGAGGAGAAGAUCUCGGAGAACUCCUCGGCGGAGAGGGAUUUAGCUGAUGUCAAGUCGUCUCUCGUCAAUGAAUCAGAAACGAAUCAAAACAGCUCCUCGGACUCGGAGGCGGAGCGGCGGCCCCCGCCUCGCUCGGAAACUUUCAGAGAUAAAUCCCGAGAAAGUUUGGAGGAAGCUGCGAAGAGGCAAGAUGGAGGGUUGUUUAAGGGCCCACCAUACCCGGGUUAUCCCUUUAUAAUGAUCCCCGACCUCAGCAGCCCGUAUCUGCCCAACGGCUCGCUCUCUCCGACGGCCAGAACGUAUCUGCAGAUGAAAUGGCCACUGCUUGAUGUUCAGGCAGGGAGCCUUCAGAGUAGACAAGCCCUCAAGGAUGCUAGGUCUCCAUCUCCAGCACACAUUGUUUCUAACAAAGUGCCAGUUGUGCAGCACCCACACCAUGUACACCCUCUUACGCCGCUUAUCACAUACAGCAAUGAGCACUUCACACCAGGAAACCCUCCUCCACACUUACCAGCCGACGUAGAUCCAAAAACAGGAAUUCCAAGGCCUCCACAUCCUCCAGAUAUAUCUCCUUACUAUCCACUAUCACCGGGCACUGUAGGACAAAUCCCCCAUCCGCUAGGAUGGUUAGUACCACAGCAAGGUCAGCCAGUGUACCCAAUCACGACAGGGGGUUUCCGCCACCCUUACCCAACAGCUCUGACCGUCAAUGCUUCCAUGUCAAGCUUUCUCUCCUCUAGGUUUCCUCCACACAUGGUCCCGCCACACCAUAGUUUACAUACAACUGGAAUCCCUCAUCCGGCCAUAGUCACACCAACAGUCAAACAAGAAUCUUCCCAGAGCGACGUCGGCUCACUCCACAGCUCAAAACAUCAGGACUCCAAAAAAGAAGAAGAGAAAAAGAAGCCACACAUAAAGAAACCUCUUAAUGCAUUUAUGUUGUAUAUGAAGGAAAUGAGAGCAAAAGUUGUAGCAGAAUGCACAUUGAAAGAGAGCGCAGCCAUCAACCAAAUCCUCGGUCGAAGGUGGCAUGCGUUAUCCAGAGAAGAACAAGCGAAAUACUAUGAACUGGCAAGAAAGGAACGACAGCUUCAUAUGCAGCUGUACCCGGGCUGGUCCGCACGGGAUAACUAUGGCAAGAAGAAGAAGAGGAAAAGGGAUAAGCAGCCAGGAGAGACCAACGAACACAGCGAAUGUUUCCUAAAUCCUUGCCUUUCACUUCCUCCGAUUACAGACCUGAGCGCUCCUAAGAAAUGCCGAGCGCGCUUUGGCCUUGAUCAACAGAAUAACUGGUGCGGCCCCUGCAGCUCUGUGUUGUGAUCUAGAAGACACAAGGGAGUGGGACACUGCCAUGAGUUAUCGUCUCUCUGAAAAGGUUUUGCUUAUUUUUUUUUUUCGUUGUUUUUUUCCUUUUUUUUUUUUUUUUUUUUUUCCUUCCUCUUUGCUGCUGCUAGCCAAAAACCCACUGUAAAACAGCAUCAGCCUUAAGCCUCUCUGAUCCCUGGCUCAAACACAGCCCUGCCCUCCCGGCCUCCAAUCCAGGAAAGUCACAUUUUCGUGGGGCGCCCCCAGGGCCCUCGGUAGCACGGCACAGAGUGCGGUGCCGACGCCGGACACACGCACGGCGGUGUCGGAGAUUUUUGGUUUUGUUCUGGCUCAUUGUCAAAGUCCUGUUUAUUCGUGCCCUUGGUAUGAGGGGAGAUUACCAAAUAAAACGGAGGUGAUUAAAACCUAAACGUAGCUGUAGCUAAGAUUACACAGUCCGAAUGAGCUCUAUCCACCAUUGUGUUGUAU